AUCUUUGCUUUUUUUUUUUCUGGUUUGUUUUCUCAGGGACGAAGGAGAAAUUGGGAAGCUUCAGAGCUCAAGCAACUCAACAAUGGCGGCCAGAAAUGGAAACAUUGAUGAGGGUCUCAAUGAGCACGCAGUGGAGGAUCCUGAGGAAGUUGCUUCAAUGGUUGAGAUGGAAAUUACGAACAGCACUGAAAGGAGAAAGCUGGGAUUCUUCUCAUGUGCAACCGGUAACCCAAUUGAUGAUUGCUGGCGCUGUGACCCCAACUGGCACAAGAACCGCAAGCGCCUUGCGGACUGCGGCAUUGGGUUCGGCAGAAACGCCAUUGGUGGUCGUGAUGGCCGCUUUUACGUGGUGACCGACCCCCGGGACGACGAUCCCGUCAACCCGAAGCCCGGUACUCUCCGCCACGCCGUCAUCCAGGAGGAGCCUUUGUGGAUUGUGUUCAAGCGUGACAUGGUCAUCCAAUUGAAGCAAGAACUCAUCAUGAACAGCUUUAAGACUAUUGAUGGGCGUGGAGUCAAUGUCCACAUUGCCAAUGGAGCUUGUAUUACCAUUCAGUUCAUUACUAAUGUCAUCAUUCAUGGCCUCCACAUCCAUGACUGUAAGCCUACCGGCAACGCCAUGGUUCGGAGCUCGCCGUCGCAUUUCGGGUGGAGAACAAUGUCGGAUGGUGAUGCCAUCUCCAUCUUUGGAUCAAGCCACAUUUGGGUUGAUCACAACUCACUUUCUAACUGUGCUGAUGGCCUUGUUGAUGCUGUCAUGGGCUCAACCGCAAUUACCAUUUCCAACAACCACUUCACCCACCACAAUGAGGUGAUGCUGCUGGGCCACAGUGACUCAUACACAAGAGACAAGCUUAUGCAAGUCACCAUUGCUUACAACCAUUUUGGAGAGGGACUCAUUCAGAGAAUGCCAAGGUGUAGGCAUGGAUAUUUCCAUGUGGUGAACAACGACUACACUCAUUGGGAGAUGUAUGCCAUUGGUGGAAGUGCGAACCCCACCAUCAACAGCCAGGGCAACAGAUAUGCUGCUCCCAACAACCGCUUUGCUAAGGAGGUGACAAAGAGAGUUGACACAUCGACAGGAGUGUGGAAGAACUGGAACUGGAGGUCAGAGGGAGAUCUGCUUGUGAAUGGGGCCUACUUCACUCCAUCGGGUGCUGGGGCUUCAGCAAGCUACGCAAGGGCCUCGAGCUUAGGAGCCAAGUCCUCUUCUAUGGUUGGAGCCAUCACUGCCACUUCUGGUGCACUUGGCUGCCGCAGAGGCCACCAGUGCUAGUAGCGUCUCUGUCUGAGAUAUUAUUCUCAUUUGAGUCCAAUUAAAAUGGCCAAAGAAAAAAAGGGUCAAUAUUUUCCUUUUCAUUUCAAUUUUUUUUUUUUUUUUUUUUUAAAUUUUAGUUUUACUGUCAUAUAGCAUUUUACUACCCCCAUUACCCAUAUCCCAAUUCCCACCUUUUUUUUUUCUCUCCCAUCUUUGUGUUUUCACAUGUUUUGACAAGUGUACAUUAUUGUAACACAUGUCAUUAUUAUAUCAUCUAUCGAUUUCCUUGAAUUUCACCCCAGUUUGUCUAUCUGUUACCUCCCCAACCUCGGCCUGCUUCAACUGAAAAACACAAUCCCAUUUUAGGAGCAGGUGCGGAAGCGUUGCUCAUUUGUUUUUCUGUCCUUUUUUCUUCUUCCAUUUUUCUUAUGUUGGCCUUUCUUAGUUUCCUUUCCAACACCUUCCAAACCCACCCUUUGUGUCUCUCCUCUCCUCCAGCCAAUGCCAACUUGUCCUCUUUCUGGUUCAUAGGAUUUGAAUGAUUUUGUGUUUUUUUUUCUGUUUUUUUUUUUUAAUUUUUUUUGGCCAUGAUUUGAAUUUGUUUAGUCAUACAAACAAUAGAAUGAAUGUCAAAUUUGAGUCA